UACUGGAGGAGCAGGGUUGGCUUUAUACUGGUAGUACUGGAGGAGCAGGGUUGGCUUUAUACUGGAGUACUGGAGGGCAGGGUUGCUUAUAACUGGAGUACUGGAGGAGCAGGGUUGGCUAUAUAAUGAGUACUGGAGGAGCAGGGUUGGCUUAUAACUGGAGUACUGGAGAGCAGGGUUGGCUUAUACUGUAGUACUGGAGGAGCAGGGUUAGCUUAUACUGUAGUACUGGAGGAGCAGGGUUGGCUUUAUACUGGAGUACUGGAGGAGCAGGGUUGGCUUAUACUGGAGUACUGGAGGAGCAGGGUUAGCUUUAUACUGGAGUACUGGAGGAGCAGGGUUGGCUUUAUACUGUAGUACUGGAGGAGAAGGGUUGGCUUAUACUGUAGUACUGGAGGAGCAGGGUUGGCUUUAUACUGUAGUACUGGAGGAGCAGGGUUGGCUUUAUACUUAGUACUGGAGGAGCAGGGUUGGCUUUAUACUGUAGUACUGGAGUAGCAGGGUUGGCUUUAUACUGUAGUACUGGAGGAGCAGGGUUGGCUUUAUACUGUAGUACUGGAGGAGCAGGGUUGGCUUAUACUGGAGUACUGGAGGAGCAGAGUUGGCCUUAUACUGUAGUACUGGAGGAGCAUGGUUGGCUUAUACUGCAGUACUGGAGGAGCAGGGUUGGCUUAUACUGCAGUACUGGAGGAGAAGGGUUGGCUUAUACUGGAGUACUGGAGGAGCAGGGUUGGCUUAUACUGGAGUACUGGAGGAGCAGGGUUGGCUUAUACUGGAGUACUGGAGGAGAAGGGUUGGCUAUAUACUGUAGUACUGGAGGAGCAGGGUUGGCUUGUACUGGAGGUGAAGGGUUGGCUUAUACUGUAGUACUGGAGGAGCAGGGUUAGCUUAUACUGUAGUACUGGAGGAGCAGGGUUGGGAAACACUGAUCUAGCUUUAUACUGUAGUAUUGGAGGAGCAGGGUUGGCUUUAUACUGGAGGAGCAGGGUUGGCUUUAUACUGUAGUACUGGAGGAGCAGGGUUGGCUUCAUACUGUAGUAUUGGAAGAGCAGGGUUGGCUUAUACUGUAGUACUGGAGGAGCAGGGUUGGCUUAUACUGUAGUACUGGAGGAGCAGGGUUGGCUUAUACUGGAGGAGCAGGGUUGGCUUUAUACUGUAGUACUGGAGGAGCAGGGUUGGCUUUAUACUGGAGUACUGGAGGAGCAGGGUUGGCUUUAUACUGGAGUACUGGAGGAGCAGGGUUGGCUUUAUACUGGAGUACUGGAGGAGCAGGGUUGGCUUUAUACUGUACUGGAGGAGCAGGGUUGGCUUUAUACUGUAGUACUGGAGGAGCAGGGUUGGCUUAUACUGUAG